UAAAAGUGCCUAGCUCCAGUGGCUUCCUAAUAUCGGAAGGAAAAGCAUUCCAUACGGCCGCAGAAGCGCAUCUGAAAGUGUAUGAUGCAGUGCCUGUCUUUGUUUCAUGGUAAGCCAAAAAGUUUGAUGGUUGGCACCUUGAGAGACCACCAAUAUAAUGCCACUAGGACACAACCUCAACAUCCUCAUGUUGCGUUACAACGAUCAUUGGGCUGCAACCAGCCCAUUCACUAACUGGUGAAGUGACCUUGGCCUGGAUUCCCGUGGCAAGCCAUACCAGCCCAAGCCAAUUCUCACCUGGCCAUGUAGCCACUUCUUAUGGGCCACGUGGCUCGCUUUGCUAAGGAAGGUGGCCAAUUUCAUCUGGGCUGAAUUUCCACUCUUGAAAUUUUUUUUUGUGAAAUCACAAUUGCUCAGCACAGGCCCAAAGGUCCACACUGCUAGGCGGCCAGCAAGUAACGGCACUAUUGUAGGUGUGUAAGAUAGUGUGUUGAAUUGAGCAAAGUAAUACAAACUUUAGUGAAUACACGAGAUGAUGGGAGGGGAUUCCAAAGUCUAGCAAGUUCAAGGAAAUAUGGGAGUAGUAAGAUAAGUGUUUAGUGGUUGAACGUCGUAUGAAUGAGACGAAACGAUCAGUCUGGGUAGUCCGUGUCCUUGACAUCAGAGAGACACGUGUUCAGUAACUUCUCUCAUUUACGUCAAUUUCAGGGCUGUGUUUUUUGUAAGAAUAUUGUGGAAAAUGACGUACUUGCUAUUUUUUUCUUUGAAUACCAUAACCUAGCUCAAUCAGCCAUGGCACGGACGGGGGUGAAGGCGUCAAGCCCGUGGAGCUUCAGAGUUAUUUAAGUGUUGGAAACAAAAAAAUAAGCCAUGCUAAACCAAGAACUGUCGAGCACAGCUCAAGUGUGACGUCUGGUCUCCAUGGAAACCUCGCAUGAAACUGAUUGGACUAACCUGACACGUUCGUCACGUGCAACCAGUCGAGUAUUUAACAACAACAAAAAUACCACCUGUUAAAUAUCAUACUCUUACAAACAUCACUUUGGGCGUCAUCAGAAUAAGACUGUAUUUAAACUGUAGGAAUCCAAUGAACAACGAAGCAUUUUUUUUGCAAAGAUGUCCCAGGUCAGCGAGUUACAACAACAAACGAUACAAACAACGAGAGGAGUACAACGUAGAGAAAAGGGCUUGGACCGGUGACGCUGCAGCUGCAGUUCACGUUGCAAACAUAGUUGGAGUGGCUCCACCACGGCUCACUGUGGGCGAUUCUGCAGAUGGAAGGAAGAUUGUCAUGGCUCACAUCAAGCAUAUUUCACCGUGGAAAGCAACCGGAUCGGAAAAAGAGGACAAUAAUUCCACGCGCGAAUCAACAAAGCGCCUUAUCCAAAGGACGGCAUACCUGGACGAACAAAUGCAGGAGCAUACAAGGCUACGAUCGCCAUCGCUCGGAGUUCCACGGCACGGUUCGACAGCCCGGCCCCACCGUCCCCUCUCUCAGGCGGCUGCCACCACCGCCACCGCCGCCGCCACCACCAUCCCUGCCUUCGCCACAGACAGUGCCAGCUCAAGCGACAAGUCGGCACAGGAGCCGCACACGUCUCCCGCUUCUCACGCGCUGUCUGCACCGAGCCAAAUGGAUUCUCCGGCGCCCGCACCGGCAAACAAAUUCCUCGGCAAAAGGAGCAACAUGGUGUCGGAGCAAGACAUGAGCGACAUCAACUCCCUUUUGACCACGGCGAUGUUGGCAGGAGACAAGGACCCAGAUGACAAGCUCGCAGAACAAACGGCGCUGUGUGGAUGGACCCCACGUGAACCGCCCAACACCGCGUUCAAACUAUUUCACCAGACGCUCGGCGGCACAAGCGGAGACGUCGCAAGGCAGCCACGGCCGGGGACAGCCGUCGUCGGCAGAGCCACUGUGGGAGAAGCAAGGCCAUUCAGCGCUGCUACGGGAAUGAAGAAGAAUAAAACCAACAACUCGCCACGAUUCGGACGGCUCUUUCUCACCGGCGGUGUCUCGAGACCGGCCGCGGAUUUCCGAGGCGCGUACGAAAGAGAGAGCGGCGGCGGCGGCGGCGCCCAGCAGGCCGGUCAAAUCCGUCCGCCACAUCCGGAGCCGUGGCGGACCCUCGAGGGCACGGCGAGACACAAGCCCGUGUCGGGCCGGGCCAAGCUGUCCGCGCGAAUAUUCGCGGAAGAGCCGCGGCGCCGCGUCGGGGAGGUCGCGCCCGCGGACGGCUCGGGCAGGACGCCCGGCGCGGCGGAGGAGGAGGAGACGACGCAGCAGCAGCAGCAGCAGAGGAGAGCCGCCACGCUCUUGCAGAGGCGGCUGGGGAUCGCGGACUCGGGCCUCGUUUGAAGCAGCCGCCGUCGAGAUGAUGGCGGAGAGAGAUGUUAACUCCCCCGCCUGGUACGCAUGAGGUCGUGGGUUCGAUCCCGACCCUGACCCCUGCUGCUGU